AUGUAUCGCUACGAAGCUGCCGCAAAAGUCUUGCCAAAAGACCUCCCGGCCGUCCCGGCCAAAGGGGAAAUAGACCUCACAUUCGCGGAGCUGCUGACCCUACAUGGCAUCACAACAACUACGGCCGAGGCUGCGCGAGGCAACCAGCUCAUCAGAACAUUAAACAUAAAGCACAUCUACAACGCCGUCACAGGCCAGACACUCGACCAUGCUAGACUGAGCGUUGAAGGCAUCACGCCGAAAAAUUACUUGAUUGCCCACGAUUCGGGAAACCUUCCUUUGGCCCAAUAUCUUGCUUUAAGAUAUGGAUUUAAAUCUCUUUACGCCGACUCCCCAGUGAUUAUUUUCCAUCCGCGCAAAUGGUGCACUCUGGACGAAUGCCGCGUCCGUUUUAUCCCACAAUCAAAAUUUUAAACUUGCUCAGUUUUUGCUGAAGUUGUUGAAAUAGGUCAAUACAAUAAAAUUUUUUAACAAGCUUAACACAAACCGAAAAAAAAGCAACAAGCAACAGCAAAAGAAAACUUAAAGGGAAACAGUUAAAAUUUAGAAUGGCGACACCUGUCGGAACAGAAACUGUUCGCAUGCUUGAGAUGAUGGGAGAAGUCGAGCGGAUGCGCAAAAGACGUCGUACCGACGACAGAAAAAGAGUUGAAACUUUUCUCACCCGUUGCGAGUUCUGCACCCAACAACACCCACCCACCCAGUGCAAAUCCAUGUCUCGAGAGCAAAAACUAGAAAUAAUUUUUCAUAAAAGUCUUUGCCCUAUUUGUUUCCGUCAACGCCCCCAUCUCCUCCACAAAUGUUAUAUUCUUUACCAAGAAGCCACAUCAGAACGCCCUUACGGCCAAGCUUGCGGCAAUCUCACCUGUUUAACAGACGGGACGCUUCAUCACAAUUCAAUUUGUCCCUUCAACUUAGCAACGCCUAGUGAAAAAUCUAUUCUUUCCCCUUUGACUCAGCAAACUUCUCAAAUGAACAUGGCUCAAAGCCCUCAUAAACAGUAAAAUGGGAAGAAAUUCUUUCCAUUUCCCCCUUCCCCCUCUUUUCUCUCUCUUUCCUCUCUCCCUCUUUUUCCCUUCAUAUUUUGAUGUUCAUUUUAUUCAUUCAAUACAUUAGAGGAAACAAUUCGAAUCAUCAUCUCGUACGAAAUUGUUACAAUGUUAUUGCGAAAGAGAUCAGAGAGAUCAACUCUUUCACAAUCCUAACCAUGACUCACCAAGAUUGAUUAUCAAGAUCCAGCGUCUUCUAGCUCAAACUCCUGGAUCGCCCACGCAAUCAUUUCGAAUCCCUUCGAAAUAUACCACUUGGCCCGCCUUGAUCCAAACCUAUAAAAGCCCAAGUCGACUCAAUAGAGUCGUUGCAACCACUUUCCCCCCUUUUCUUUAUAUAUUAUCCCCUUCCCUUAUUUUAUUCCCAUUUCACCUCAAUUGUACCUUUUACUUUGUCUUUACUUAAUAAAGCGUUAAUCAACAAGUGCUCGAGUUUAUCACUAAAGCGAGAUUCUACAAAAACCCACUGAACCCCAAUUGUGCGACGCCACAAACCCUCCGAGAAUGGCUCCAAGAGAAAGAACUGGUGACGCCCAAAACACAGGACCAACUAAACUCGAACCUUGCAUACGUAGAAGCACACUCGGAUCCAUUUUGAGAAGAUAAAGGAGACAUCGAAGAACUCAAACCAACUCAACAGGAACUUUGCGAUUGUUCACACCCUUGCAGAGCAUUUUGGAAAAUAGGGAGGAGACAUCGGCAAACUCGUAAAACCACCCAUGAGCGAAGACAUUAACAAAAUCGUCAAGUCGACAAUCGAAAGAAACAAAGCGGAAAGCUUCAAGACACUCAGAACAGACACUGUAGAUCAUCCGGAGGCAAGAUACAACUCGCAUCGACAGCAAGAACAGAUGGAAAAGAUUUUCUACAACAACAAAUUUCCAGAUUAUCCCACAAGAACAACAAGAUUGUCAUUCAAAAAACAAGAGAUAGUGGAGAAGAAAGAUGGAAGUCUAUUCCUAUGCCAUGAGCCGCAAAUACAACUACUAAUCCGAGUCCUCUACGACGAAAGGCACCUAUCCAAAGCCAUUUACAGUUAA